GAACUUGUCUUUAAUCGCUUAGCUGUGAGACGAGCACAUGCUUAAUUGACACUCGGUUUUUCGGGUUAAGGAGAAGAAGCAAGAAACGGAAUGGAUGUUAACAAGAUAAUAGAAUGCUUACGAGCAACCCUGAAUCCCAAAACACAACCACAAGCUGAGCAGCAAUUGAUUGAAAUAAACAAGAUAAUUUCGUUUGCCCCGUCACUGCUGCAGAUUGUGAUGCAUGAUCAGCUAGAAAUGCCUAUAAGACAAGCUGGCGCUAUCUAUUUGAAAAAUAUGACGAAUAGGAACUGGGAGGAGAAAGAAAUUGUUCCUGGAGAAGAUUAUUUUUUUAUACAUGAACAAGAUAAAGUGCCAGUCAGAAACAACUUAGUAGAGGCUAUAAUUGGAGCUCCAGAAUCUAUAAGAAAUCAAUUAGGUGUUUGCGUUAGUAAUAUUAUAAAGAGCGACUAUCCAGCAAAAUGGCCUGAAAUAGCUGAGAAAGUACUACACUAUUUACAGAGUGACCAAGCGAGUACUUGGCAAGGAGCUCUAUACUGUUUAUAUCAAAUUGUUAAGAACUAUGAAUUUAAAAAAGCCGAGGACCGUGAACCUCUCAACCGCGCUAUGAGAGUUCUGCUACCAUUAUGCCUUGAACGUUGUAAACAAUUGAUGGCUGAUCAGUCACAAGCGGCAGUUUCUGUUCAAAAGCAGAUUCUUAAGAUUUUCUACGCUAUGAUUCAAUUCUAUUUACCUUUGGAUUUAAUAAGUAACAACGAUUUUACCAAUUGGAUGGAAUUGAUUAGACAAAUUGUUUCACGACCUAUUCCAGAAGAUGUGAAUAAGGUCGACGAAGAUGAGAGAUGCCAAUUGGUAUGGUGGAAGAUUAAGAAAUGGGCACUCCAUAUUUUAGCCAGAACUUUCGAUCGUUACGGAAGUCCUGGCAAUGUUACAAAAGAGUAUCACGGCUUUGCCGAGUUCUUCCUCAAGACAUUUUCGCAAGGUGUGCUUCAAGAACUACUUGCCUUGUUGGACAGUUAUCGUAAUAAGCAGUAUGUGGCCCCCAGAGUUUUACAACAAAUUAUGAACUAUUUGAACCAAGGCGUUUGUCACGCUAUUAGUUGGAAAUAUAUCAAACCACAUAUGUUCGCCAUUACGACAGACGUAAUUCUUCCAUUAUUAUGCCACAGUGAAGAAGAUCAGCAAAUGUGGGAAGACGACCCAGUAGAAUAUAUUCGAAUAAAAUAUGAUGUUUUCGAGGAGUUUUAUUCUCCUGUCUUAUCAGCUCAGUCUUUGUUACAUAGUGUGUGUCUUAAGAGAAAAGAAAUAAUGCAGAAGGCUAUGGGCUUCUGUUUACAAUUAUUAACUAAUGAGAAUCUUGAACCGAGACAAAGAGCUGGAGCUAUGACUAUGAUUGGAUCGGUUGCAGAUAUUUUAUUGUCGAAGAGAGCAUAUAGCAAUCAAAUUGAAGCAUUGAUAUCUACUCAUGUAUUUCCACAAUUUCGCUCUGAGCACGGUUACUUACGAGGUCGAGCUUGCUAUAUGAUUCAACAUUUCGCUCCUGUUAAAUUCAAACAUGAAGAAAACCUACGGCAAGUGGUUGAAUUACUCACUCUUGCAGUCGUUGAGGAUAAAGAACUACCCGUUAAAGUUGAAGGAGCUAUCGCUUUGCAACAACUUCUGUCUGAACAAAUAAGCGCUACAGAAUUGAUGAGACCGAAGAUUCACCUUAUAAUCAUUAACCUUUUAGAAGUAAUUCGUGAGACAGAGAAUGAUGAAUUAACAACCGUUUUACAAAAAUUGGUUUGUACAUUUGGAGAAGAUGUUGCUCCAGUUGCAGUCAAUAUUACCACACAUCUGGCACAAACGUUUGCCAAGGUUAUUGAUAGUAGUGAAUCAAAUGAUUCGAAUGAUGAUAAAGCAAUCGCCGCUAUGGGAAUUUUGAAUACAUUAGAUACAAUUGUGACUGUUAUGGAAGAACAACCAGAAAUUGUUGCAAAUAUUGAGGGUAUUGUUUUGGAUGUUAUUGGUUUAAUUGUAAAGCAGAAUGUUAUGGAAUUCUAUGAAGAAAUUCUGUCAUUAAUUUGUAGUUUAACAACAGCCCAUAUAUCUGAUAGAAUGUGGAACGUCUUUCCAAUGCUGAAGAAUAUGUUUGAAAAUGAUGGAUUUGACUAUUUUACUGACAUGUUACCUGCUUUACACAAUUACGCAACAGUAGAUCCUGAAAAAUUCAAAUCAAAUCCAGCUUAUAUUGAGACAAUGUUUAAUAUGUGUAAAACAAUUCUCACCUCUGAUAGAGCCGGAGAAGAUGCUGAAGCUCAUGCAGCUAAACUUUUGGAAGUAUUGUUGUUACAGUAUAAAGGAGAAUUGGAUGGAGUUUUGGAACACCUCGUUCAAGUUGCACUCGAACGAUUAACACGUGAGAUUAAAACAUGCGAAUUAAGGGGAAUGUGCUUGCAAGUGGUUGUUGCGGCUCUUCAUUACAACCCAAGACUUUUAUUAGAGAUAUUAUCAAAGAUAAAUUUACCAAAUUCAUCUGAACCAUUAAUAACUUCAUUUAUUAAACAAUGGAUCCAUGAUGUUGAUGUAUUCUUGGGUUUACAUGAUAGAAAAGUUUGUGUUUUAGGAUUGUGUACUUUAGUGUCUUUGGAACCUGAAAUUCGACCUUCGGCCGUUGAAAUGUUUGCAAAGCAGAUUAUGCCUGCUUUUAUUAUUCUUUUCGAAGGCUUAGAAAGAGCUUACAAGUCAAGAGCUCAAGCCGAAGAUAGCGAUGAUGAAGUGGAAGAGGAAGAAGAUGACGACGACGAAAUUGCCGAUGAUGAGGAUGUGGUUGAUGACGAGAGUGUUAAUUACUUGGAACAAUUGGAAAAAUCCAAAACCCUUUCUGGUGACUAUGAAGAUGACGAUGAAGAUUACGAUAUGGAGGAAACGCUUUUGGAGACUUACGAGACGACUUUAGACAAAGAAGAUUGUCCGGUUGACGAAUAUGAGAUUUUUGUACAAAUGAUGCAGCAUCUACCAGGAAAAGAUCCUAACUGGUACAAACUUCUGACCGAAAAUUUGGAUGGAAAACAAAAAGAAGCUAUACAAAAAGUCAUUCAUACAGCAGAACUAAGAAAGCAAGCCUCAAUGGCUAAAAAGAUCGAGCAGGCUGGUGGCUAUCAGUUUACCCAAACUUCAGUGCCAGCCAACUUCAACUUCUCGAACGGAGGUCAUCCACAAAAGUGAAAGAAUAAAAAAUAACAAAAAAAAAAUCUUGAAGAGAUAUCUGAAAAUAUUUCGAAUUAUAUUUAUUUAUUAUUGUCAUUAAGCUUCUUAUUUAUUAUUUGAAAGGAUAAUAAUGCAAAGUGCAUUUUCUGCAGGGCUUUGCAAAAACUGCAUUCAGUUGCAGUUUUCUCAUAUAUACUGCGAAAUAUAUUUAAGUAAUAUUAAGCAGUAUUGGUAUUGUUUAAGGAAUGAAAGUUAAUUAAGUUUUGUGGGCCUGAAUUUAUGCUUUAGGAAUGCUUGAAUAUGUGUAUGUCACUAUUUCUGUUGUGUGAUUGAUUGAUAGUUUCGGUUAAAAGCAACAUUUUCAGGAUUUUCAUAAGUGUUCAAGUGUGAGAGUUUUGUGAAAAAAAAACAACUUUGGUUAAAAAGGUUUUUCCUUCCAAAGAAUUAUCUACUCGGAAUCCAUUAUUUUGCAUGGAUUUAAAGUUUCGUAUUAAGUUUACGAAACAUGGUGCUAGUCGCAUUCCGGAGGAAUUUCAUUAUUCCUCUUUCUUGCCGUCAGAGCUAUUUAACAAAAAUAGUCUUCGGCUAUUGUUUGUCCCUGCAGACGUUAAAAUUUUUGCGUCAUUUAUAAAACAGCUUUUUUUCAGCCUAUUUCUAUUAUACUUAUGUUUUAGUUGCUCAUUUUUUUCGGAAAUAAUACAAAAUAUAUUUGUGUUUGAUGGUUAGCUGAAAAAACUUCUUACUUUCUUUCGCACAAGUAGAACUUCUUUCCAAAUGAAAUUUAUAUCUUCUUUCUUAUACAUUGAAGACGUUAUCCAAUCAAGUCGGUCAUGUAGUACGUACUACAUGCUUAUCAAAUUUCAAUUGUUAAGCUCUGCCUUUUGUAAUCACGGUGCAAUUUACAACGUAAAUGAAUAGUAGAUGGCGUCUCUCCACAGCGGUUAAAAGUUUUUUUUAGAACAAUGACCAAACAAUCAUCUAACUAAACACGAAUAAUAAGGGAAGGAGGUAGGGGAGAGGGUUUCAAUGACAAAAAGAAGAAAUAACAUUUCAACCCAAUUGAGUUAAAUACAAGAAAAU